AUGGCCGAGGGUCUUGGAGCUCUGUUGGAGGCAAGCUUGGACCCCAGACACAAUAAGGCGGCCGAGACAACCCUUCGCCAGGAAGAGAAAAAGCCUGGUUUCUCGCUACAGCUUCUUCACAUUACCGCAUCGCAGGCUACACCUUACAACACACGUCUGGCGAGUGCACUAUGCUUUAAGAACUUCAUCAAGCGCAACUGGACCGACGAAGAUGGCACACAUAAGUUGCAGAAGGAUGAGGUUGAGACUCUCAAGCGCGAGUUGAUCUCUCUGAUGAUUUCGGUUCCUCCAGGCAUUCAAAGCCAGCUGGGUGAGGCCGUCAGUGUCAUUGCUGACAGUGAUUUCUGGGAGAACUGGGAUACACUUGUGGAUGACCUUGUGUCGAAGCUAUCACCGGACAACCCCACCGUCAACGUUGGAGUGCUGCAGGUUGCGCAUUCUAUUUUCAAGCGCUGGAGACCUUUAUUCCAAUCCGAUGCGCUCUACACUGAGAUUAACCACGUUCUCGGCAAGUUCGGUACUCCGUUCCUGUCACUUUUCGAGGUAAUUUCAAUCCUCAUACCCAGUCCUCCCAAUGCGCCAUCCACUAACUCUAAUCAGGCACUGGACAACUACCUUGAGCAAAACAAGACCAACAAAGAGAAUCUCACUCAAGGUUUCAGCCAGCUUAACUUAAUGGUCAAGCUGUUUUACGAUCUUUCCUCCCACGAUCUUCCUCCCAUGUUCGAAGACAACAUCUCUGGAAUCGCCACCAUUUUCCUCAAAUACCUCACUUACGACAAUCCUCUCCUACACACCGAUGACGAGACUGAGGCUGGUCUGUUAGAAUAUGUUCGCGCUGGAAUCUUCGAGGCCUUGACUCUAUAUGUGCAAAAGUACAUGGACGUGUUCCAGCCUCACGUUGGCCAGUUCAUUGGGAGCUCAUGGAACUUCCUCUCAACAAUCAGCCAAGAGACCAAAUACGAUAUUCUGGUCAGUCGUGCUCUGCACUUCCUGACCUCCGUUGCAGGCAUGCCUGAGCACGCCGCCUCUUUCCAGGCUGAGGAGACUCUGGGCCAAAUUGUCGAGAAGGUUGUUCUUCCCAACGUCAGCCUCCGUGAGUCGGACGAGGAGCUGUUUGAGGAUGAGCCCAUUGAGUUCAUUCGCCGGGACUUGGAGGGCUCUGACAGUGAGACCAGACGCCGCGCAGCCACCGAUUUCCUUCGCAAGUUGGCCGAGAAAUUCGAGGAGCCGGUGACCCGAGUUGUCCUUAAGUACACUGAGCACUAUCUGGCUGAGUACGCGAAGGAUUCGUCCAACUGGAAGGCUAAGGAUACCGCAACAUACCUGUACUCCGCAAUCGCGGCCAAGGGUACUGCGACUGCCUCGCACGGUGUCACCGCUACCAACCAGCUGGUCAGCAUCACUGAUUAUUUCCAGCAGAACCUGGCUGCGGAUUUGAUCUCCGAUGACGGUAUUCACCCCAUCCUCAAGGUCGAUGCCAUCAAGUAUCUGUACAACUUCCGCAGUAUCAUCACCAAGGAGCAAUGGCAACAGGUUCUCCCCGUGCUGGUUAAGCACUUGGCUUCCUCCAACUUCGUGGUCUACACCUAUGCUGCUAUUGCGCUGGAGCGUGUGCUUUAUCUUACCGAUGCUCAAGGACAACCUGUGAUCCCUCCUACUGAAAUCACUCCCCUUGCCAAGGACCUUUUGGAACACAUUUUCCAGCUGAUCCAGGCUAACCCCGCCCCCGAGAAGGUGCAAGAGAACGAGUUCUUGAUGCGCUGUGUCAUGCGUGUCUUGGUUGUGAUCAAGGAGGGUGUUGUCCCUAUCACUGAUAUCGUCCUUCAACGAUUCAUCAACAUCACCAACAUUAUCAGCGCCAACCCCAGCAACCCGCGCUUCUAUUACUUCCACUUCGAGGCUAUGGGUGCAUUCAUUCGAUUUGCUGCCCCCGCCAACCCUGAUAAGCUCGAGCAGGCUCUGUAUGCACCCUUUGCUGGUAUUCUCCAAAACGAUGUGCAAGAAUUCAUGCCCUACGUUUUCCAGCUUUUCGCUGCUUUGCUCGAGGCCAACCAGGCUGCAACUCUCCCGACCUACUACCAGGAGCUUAUCGGCCCUGUGCUGAUGCCUGUCAUGUGGGACUCCAAGGGAAACACCCCUGCUCUGGUCCGCCUGCUUUCCUCCAUCAUCCCCCGUGGAUCGCAGUACAUUAUUGAGCACAACCAGAUCGAGCCUAUUCUCGGUAUCUUCCAGAAGCUCGUCUCAACCAAGGCCAACGAGAGCUUCGCAUUCGACCUCUUGGAGACCUGUGUUGCCAGCUUCCCCCCUACUGCUCUGGAGAACUACUUUGUGAUGAUCAUGCAGAUCAUCCUGCAGCGUCUCCAGAACUCCAAGACCGAGAACUUGACUCUCCGUUUCGUCCGCUUCUUCCACUUCCUCUCGGCUCAUGACGACAAGGGUUACAGCGCGGAUUUCAUCAUUCAGGUCACCGACAAGGUGCAAGAAGGACUCUUCACUCCCAUCUACCUGAACGUCAUCCUUCCUGAGACCCAGAAGCUUGCCCGGCCUUUGGAUCGCAAGACAGCUAUCCUGUCCUUCACCAAGACCCUCGCCAACUCUGAGGCCUUUGCCACUCGCUAUGCCCAGAAGGGAUGGGGCUUUACUUGCACAGCUUUGCUGAAACUCCUCGAGCUUCCUCCCUUGCCCGCCAGCCGCGACGAUGUCAUUGCUGAUGCCGAUACCGAAGACAUGUCCUUCGGUGUUGGUUUCACCCCUCUGAACACCAUCCGUGCUGUCCAGAAGGACCCCUGGCCCGAAACUGGCGCUGACCUCAAGGCUUGGGUUGGCACUUACCUGAAGGAGGCUGACAAGAAGCAAAACAACCGUGUGUCGCAGUUUGCUAUGGAGCGCCUGGACGAUCAGUCCAAGGCAGUCUUGGGAAGCUACAUCUCUUGA